AUGCCUCCUCCCGACGAGACGAACUAUCGUCGAACCAUCGAUUUCAUCAAACUCGCCAGGUCGCGCCGCGCCACGGGCAUUCGUGACCACGGUUCCAGCGUGGUGGCGUUCGCGGCCAUGGUCCUGCUGCUGACAACGGGGGCGGUGCUCUAUCUGCGCAUCCCCUCGCAGCGUCGUUCUCUCCGCGGAAAGAGGCCCAUCAGCAACGCGCCCCUGGGCAGCUUCACAAGCUGGGCUGCCAUCGUCGGCCAUGAACGCUGCAACCACGUGCCCAGGAACAUUCUGAUCAAGAUGAAUGGCACCGCGGCCGACGCGGCCGUGGCGUCUAUGCUUUGCGUCUGCGUCGUGUUGUCCCACGCCUGCGGCCUCGGAGGCGGGUUUUUCGCCCUCCACUACAAGAACAAGACCCCGUCGGAGGUGAAGUUCGUGGACGCAUGGGAGACGGCUCCACUGCAAGCUGCCGAAGCCCACUACGUCGCCUAUCACAACGAUACCAUCUUCGGUGUGCGUUCGGCCGGCGUCCCUGGCCAAGUGAGCGGCUUCCGACAGCUCCUCGACGCGGGAGGGUCGCUCUUGCCGUGGGCAGCGCUCUUCGAAGAAGCCAUCAAGGUGGCUUCGCAAGGAGCGCCCGUAACGACAGAGAUGGCACGGCAGCUGGCACGCCGACGGGCACACGUCCUGGCUGACCCGGCGUUAAGGUCGCUGUACACGAAGAACGGCUUAGACACCCUAGUAGAGCCGGGAGACGUAGUGGUCAACGGGCCCUUGGCUCGCACUCUCAAUAUUCUGGCCGCGAGAGGGAGCGAAGAUUUCUACACCGGGAGCGUGGCCGCCAGCCUCUUGCGUGACGUGCGCACCUCGGACGGACUGCUGACGGAGCGAGACAUGGCCGAGUAUCGUCCGCGCGUGGGCAACGCCACCGGCAUGCCGCUGGGCAAAGUAGAGACCGUGUGGUCAGCUCCGCCCCCUUCGUCUGGCAUCGUGGUCAGCUUCAUACUGGCGCUGGUCAGCAGGUUCCGCCACUCUGAGGGCAUGCCACUUCCCGACGACGGCGAGAUGGCCCACCGGUUGGUCGAGGCCUUCAAGUACGGCAUCGCGCGCAGAGGCCGCCUCGAAGACCCCCUCUUCGGUGACGUCACCGCGGAGAUGGAAGAACUGCAGAACGACGACCAGGUCACGCGUAUCGCUGCCAGUAUGGGCGACAAGCCGCUUGAGCGCAUCGAGGACUACGGCUGGCGGGCACCUGCGACCGAGGACCACGGUUCCAGCUUCGUUGCCGUCGUGGCACCGAACGGAGACGCCGUCGUCAUGGUUGCCUCGCUCAACUGGGACUUCGGCUCGCUGUGGCUGUCGCCAUCCACGGGCGUGCUCCUGAACAACCGACUGGACGCGUUCUCGUACCCGGGCCGCGCGGGCUUCCAGGGCUACCCGGAGCAGCUGAACAACCGCAUAGCGCCCGGCAAGAGGCCCAUGUCCUCCGCCGCACCGCUCCUGUUCACUUCCAACGGGCUACUACAGGGCUUACAGGCGCCCACCGGCGGGCCACUAGCUAUCACGGGGGCUGCCCAGGUGGCCAUGCGCGUCCUGUGGAUGAGGCACACCAUCAAGGAGGCCGUCGACUGCGGCCGCCUGCAUCACCCGCUACUGCCGAACUCGGUGCGCGCGGAGGAAUUCGUGGAUGCGGAUAUCCAAGAGAACCUUCAGCAACGCGGACACCGGCUGCGAUUGAUGCGCUGGCAAGGCACCGUCCAGGUCAUCUCUAAAAUACGACGUCAGCGAUACCUGUUAACGGCGUACGAUACCCGCGAAGGAGCACCGGGAUUUGACGGCGACUAA